UACGCACAACUCUGCGAUAACAAUCAGUCGAUUCAUAUUCAAAACUCGAAUUGAAAAACAGCAACAAGAUGAGCAAGAAUUUAGAAAUCAUUUCAGACGGAACCAAUAGGAACUAUUUGACCUUCGACGCCACUUGUCGCAGCAAAAAUGAGAUGCCAAAAUAUUUAACCGAAGAAUUGGUUAAUGAUGUCUUCAAUGUAAUUGAGAAAGAUGAAACAUAUCACACCAAAAUUUCCAGCAGUGAUUGCCACAGCUAUCGUAAGAAAAUCUGUAAAAAUGAUAACGAUGAUAUGGAUCCGCGACUCAAAUGCUGGAACAAGGUGUUGCGCGAGCGCAAAGUGUUGCAGGACCGAAUUGAACGGCACACUGGGAAGCGGUCCGAGGAUGUGCUAUUCAACCGCCAUGCCACCAUCGAUGAGCAGACCAAGCGGAUGCUCCUACGUCUCAUGGACUCGGCCGCGCGCAGCGAAGGUGUGUCCCCCACCCGAGUCAGGGGUGCGUUAAAGAUGCGCCAGCAACCGGAGCUGUGCCGUGAAUUACCCGAAAUGCUCGUCACGGAGCCCAAACUACGAACACUGGAAUUUGUGGGCUUGCCAGAGGUAACACAGCUGGAGCUGGCCGGCACACUAACGCCGGGCGAGAGUAAAUGGCAGCGCUCGGAGGUGUUGGGCGAGCGGCUGGAGGCACAGGCGGGAAACAUUAAGCGUGUGCUAACAUACUGCCCCGAGAUAAAACAGCUGCAGGUCUCAUCGCUGCCCAAGCCCGAGGGGCCAACCAUAGGCAGCAAGCGGAUGGGCGAGGAUAUGAUGUGCCAAGUGUCGACCGAGACAAGCCAGGCAGCAAUGCCCGUGACUGAACCUGUCAAAGAGCAGGCAUCUCCGCCGCCGCCAGCGCCGGUGGCCAACAAGGGCGACAACAACACCGGCUGGACCGUUAAUAAUGUAAUCCGAAUCAAUGGUGUAACCUUAGGCUUUGGCGACAUCACUGGCGUGCUCAGCGAUGAGCUGCUUUUGUACUUCCAGUGCGAACCGAUGCAUCGGAUUUGCAAGACCAUCGUCCAGCUGGAGAACAUUGGCACCAAGUUCGUCCAAGUGCGCUGGCAGCCGAGCAGCUUGCAGAAUAUGGAGUUGCAGCAGCACAUGGUCGUGAACUCGGAAUUCCUGUUCGACAACCAGCCCUUUGUGCUGCUGCCCGGCGAGAAGCGACGCAUCGAUGUCAUGUACCAGCCCCUCAGGGUGGGCAUCAAAAAGCAGCGCUGGUGCAUGAACAUGCUGCGCUCCCCGUUCUGUGGCGCGCGUCGUCUAUAUGUACGCUUCCAUGGCAUCUGCACGUUGCCCGUUUCCCAUCGCCAGCGACUCGAUCGGGAUCAGCGUCUGGUCGUGGACAAGCGCAAUCGUCAGGUCACCGAGCGACUGGCUAAAUUGCAUGCCGAACUGGCGCCCAUUGUGGAUUGCCCCACAUUAAAGUGCCCCUAUGAGCGCCCCCUGGACGAGCGUGAGCUAUUUUCGGCACUGAAUGCGGGCUUCAUGUGCGAACGUUAUGCGGAUCUGGAGACGCUCAAGGAGCUAUAUUCGCUGGUAAAGAAGCCGCGUCAGCCAGCCUGGGAUUAUCGCCUGGACACGAUGCGCCAGUGCAUCUACCAGCACAAGGCGCAGCAGCGCGAAACGUUGCAGAAUAUUCUCACCGAAUUGCUGGGACCCAUGCGCUGCAAUUCGAAUGACUCGUUCGGCGAUUAUCAUUUCAAUCUGCACCGCGAACGCUCCUGUUUUCUCUAUGUGCGAGGCAUUGUGUGCAGCACCAUUGAAGAGUGGGAGGCCUUGAGCGAGACCUUAGGCCAGCAGUUUUUCAAGUGCGAACUCCAGCGCUAUGUCAAUGAUAUGGAAGCGAAAAAUGAUAAGCUGCCCAUUGAUUCAAGCUAUGUGGAAUGGCUGGUCUCCAGGAAGGUCAUGAGUAGCAAGUUUUUUAAGGAUGCGCUUUAUAUACAAACCUAUACGCUGGUCUGUGAUGCCGCCGAGAAUAUUGUGUCUGCCAUCGAGAGCACUGGGAAUCUGUGAAUCAUCUGCUAGU